AUGUCGGUCACGUUGCAGACGACAUUGGGCGAUAUCAAAAUCGAAUUGUAUUGCGACUUAUGCCCGAAAACGUGUGAAAAUUUUUUGGCAUUGUGUGCAAGUGGCUAUUACAAUAACUGCAUUUUUCAUCGUAAUAUCAAAGAUUUUAUGGUACAAACUGGUGAUCCAACUGGUACAGGCAAAGGAGGUGACAGUAUCUGGGGCGGACCAAUUGAAGACGAAUUAAACACAGCUUUGAAGCACGACGCCAGGGGCGUUGUGUCUAUGGCUGGUAACGGACCAAAUACGAGUCGAUCGCAAUUUUUCAUUACGUACUCAAAACAUCCAACAUUGGACUUGAAAUAUACUGUUUUCGGACGUGUAAUAGACGGGUUCGAGAUACUAGACGAGUUGGAAAAAGUCAAAGUUGACGCCAAAUAUCGACCAGUUGUAGAACAGAAAAUUCGAAAUGUUGUCAUCCACGCUAAUCCGAUUGCCGACAUGGCGGUCACUUCCUAA